AUGAACAAUUUUUCCAACGAAAACGAAGAAUUCAAAGAUAUCAAUCCUCUUACAGAGGCUCCUCUGUCAAAUAUCCCUCAUAAAGAAUCAUUAAAUAUUAUGGAUGAAGGCUUAGAUCCAUCUUCUUCAUAUGAGGAAGAAACAAUAGUUAUCUCUGUAAUAAACCCAGUAAUUAAAGAAGAAAGGCUCGGCAGUCACGUUAAUUAUACGAUAAUGGGCCAAGACUCUAAAGGCACUUUCGAAGCUUGCAGGCGCUAUAAAGAUUUCAAAGCACUCCGAGACUCACUUAUAGAUAGAUGGCCUGGGUGCUUUAUUCCUCAAAUUCCUCCAAAACAAGCUAUUGUAUAUUUUAUAUAGGGAAAUUUAGAUCCUCAAUUUAUUGAGCAAAGGAGAAAACUAUUGGAAUAUUUUUUAACAAAAUCAAGCUCAUAUAGCUAUAUUUUUCGAUCUCCAGAAUUUAAUUUGUUUAUUAGAAGUGAAGGACAAUUCAGAAAAAACCUCCAAGAAGUAAAAAAAUUAAAUUAUUCUUUUAUUGAUGGAUAUCGUAUAUAAUAUAAAAAAUAAUAUUUAAAGCUAUUCAUAGUAUGCUUGGUAUAUACAGAAAUAGCUCAAAAUUUCAAAGAAGAGUUUCCCAAUUAUAUCACUUAUCAAAUAUCUGAAGAUUUAAACAACAAAAUUGAAGCUUCUCUUCUGGCAUUUCAAUCAGGUAUUGCAGCACUCAAUAAGUUUGAAGAAAUCUGUAAGGAAAACGUGAUUAAUUUCGCUGCAUUUGAAAUUGAGCUACUGAGAUUAAUGAAAGGAAUCCAAGCAAUUAAUAUUUUCUAUAAAGAAAAUUUUGAAUCUCGAGAAGUCAAUGUUUUACUGAGGGAUUCCUAUACAAAUCCUUACCAAAUCCUGCUUGACUGGAUAAGAAAAGAAGUCCUUGACCUUGAAGCUAUGAUAGACCUUGUCGCAAAGCAGGUGGAAUAUAACAAAAUCAAAGGAAAAUACGAAGACAAGCUUGACGAAAGCAAAUUAGACCUAGAAAAAAUGCAUCAAGGAAAGAAGCUGCUAUCCCAAAGGCUAUCAAGAAAACCCAAAGAGCAUCAUUUAUCAAAAAUUGAAGGAAAUAUUGAUAAUUUAGAAAAUGACAUAAAAAGCUUAAACCUGAUAUGCAAAAUUAUCACUGCCAGAAUCAUUGAAGAAGAGAUCCCGAAAUUCAGAGAACAUAAGCAGGAAAAAUAUGAAAUGAUUAUGAGGGCUUUUACAAACUCCGCAAUCCAAGAAUUUGAGAAUCUUAUAAACCAAAAUAAAGUGAUAGAAAAUAGUUUAAAUUAUUAA